GACCCGUGGGCCCGGCGCGAGGUGUGGCGUGACCACCCGUCGUUUUCAAAGAUGAGCCAGCUUAAGGGCAUGUUCCCGGGUCUGGGGAUUGCCACAGGAUUGUUUGCUGUGUACCUUGUAUACGACCACUUCGCAGCGCCAAAGUCGCACAAGCACUAA